AUGUCUGCCGAACAAGAUCAGAGGCCCAAGUCCGCCGCUUCCUCCAAGAAGUCCGAGGAUCAGCAACGAGGCCACCAACUGACCGACGACGGGCCCGUUGCCGCCGGUCACCAAGAUGCCUACCACCAACUCUCGGACGACCAACCUGAGGCUGGCGCUGCCGACGGCGAGCAAGAGCAGCAGCAAAAGGCCGACAAGCCCAAGAAGGAGAACCCUCUCAAGAAGUUCAUGGCCUCGCUCAAGUCUCUCAACUGCGCCGGCAAGCCAUCGGGCGACAAGAAGAGCAAGAAGAACGGCGCUUCUCAAGAAGGUGGAGAGGACGACGACGACAACAACACCCCCAACGCCAGGCCGGUGAGCCAGAGCUCGCUGGACAGCAAGAAGGUUGCUGCCGAGAAGAACGCGCCACAGAUUGAUGUCUCUCCUGCGGUGGAGGAUAGCCACCACCAGACGGGAGAGCACGAGGGCCACAAGGAGGACCACGGCAAGGAGGGUGAGGAGAAGGAGCAGGACAAUGAGAAGAUUGCUAGCCCAGUUGACGCGCACCCGCCUGCGUUGACGACUACUGCUAUCAGUGCUACGCCCCCGACUCUUUAG